AUGGCGGAUACAAAUGGACUCUGGAUCUUUGGAUAUGGAUCUCUUUGUUGGAAUCCCGGAUUUGAAUUCAAUAGAAGUAUUACUGGGCACAUUAAAGGAUUUGAACGGAAAUUCUGGCAAGGAAAUGCUACACACCGUGGUACCGCUGAAAAGCCAGGACGUGUUGUCACACUUGUGGAAAACAAAGAGGAAAUAACAUAUGGGCGAGCCUUUGAAGUAAAAGGAAGUGCAGCAUUGCCGUACCUCGAUAAUCGGGAAUGUAAAUUAGGUGGUUAUUUAACAACAAUAACCACUUUUUACUCUCGUGACAAGAAGUUUUGUUUUCCAGUUGUUGUUUACAUUGCAACACAUGACAAUGAGCACUGGCUUGGUGAUGCGCCUUUGAAAGACAUGGCUGAACAAAUUCUAAACUCCAAGGGUCCUAGUGGACACAACGUUGAAUAUCUUCUGAGACUUGCUGAUUUUAUGCAUCGCUUUAUACCUGAGGCUUUUGACGACCAUUUAUUUACACUGGAAACAAUAGUUCGAGCUAAAAUAAAAAAGCAAAAGUUAUGUUUGAACACCUUAAUGGGUAACCGUGAGUUUACUGUUGAGCUAGAAACAGCCGCCGAUUUAGAAAUAGGUCAAAGUAAUAGUGACGAUGAAGAUAUUAAUGGAAACAAUGAACCUCCGGCUCAUUCCUUCCAAUACACGUCACGUAUUCCCGUCAAAACGUUGCGUUGCCUAAAACCAUAA